AUGAACACCGACGACACCGUUACCCCCUUAUCCGAGAACGUCUCUCCCACCACUCUAGUCACAGAAAGAUCUUUCAAUGGUACACACACCCGCGACAGAUCAAUAAGCAACCUAAGCGCUGUGUCUAUCCCGAAUACAUUUGUAAGCCGAAGCAGGGCCGUUAGCGAAGCAACACUCGCUCCAUCCACAUCAGCUGGUGCUUCAAACCAUAGUGUCGUGAGCGAGACAAGCCCAUUCACGCUUGACUCGCAGCGAAACGGUGAUGCUCUUAAGCCCGACCCAGGAUCAGAAAAGGAUUUCGCCGUCCUCAACAACAAGUUUGCCUUUUCUCCUGGUCAACUAAACAAACUGUUGAAUCCAAAGUCGCUACCUGCAUUCAUCGCUCUUGGUGGGCUAACUGGCCUCGAGACUGGCCUUCGAACCAAUGUAGAUACGGGACUGAGCUUAGAAGAGACAGAGCUCCCAGGCUCGGUGUCAUUCGAGGAAGUUACAAAGCAAUAUAAGAAACUGGGAAGAACAGAUACUAAAGGCUUCCCUCAUCCAGUUAAUGUGAGACAUGUCGACAUCACAGACUUUGGUCCUGCCAGUGUUGGGUCACACUCUGGGGAAACUUUCUACGACCGGAAGAGAGUAUACAGUACCAACGCCCUCCCGGCCAAGAAGCCAAUUUCGUUCUGGACGCUCAUGUGGCAAGCGUACUACAGAGAGAACAUUCUCAUUCUUCUAACCGUUGCGGCCGUCAUAUCCCUUGCUCUUGGCCUAUAUGAAACCUUUGGUGUCGACCAUGGCCUGAAUGCGCCUCCCUCAGUGGACUGGAUCGAAGGUUGUGCGAUCUGUGUAUCUAUUGUAGUGGUGGUCCUGGUUGGAGCUCUGAACGAUUAUCAGAAAGAGCGCGCCUUCGUAAAACUGAACGCAAAGAAAGAAGACCGCGCAGUCAAGGUCAUUCGGUCUGGCAAAUCCUUCACUAUCUCUGUUUACGACAUCCUCGUCGGCGAUGUACUGCAUAUGGAACCUGGCGACCUCACCCCUGGCGACGGAAUCUUUAUCUCUGGUCACAACGUCAAAUGUGACGAAUCCUCUGCAACAGGCGAGUCCGAUCAGCUCAGGAAAACUGGCGGGGAGCAAGUUCUUCGCCUUCUAGAACGUGGCCACAGUGAAUCUAAAGACCUCGAUCCCUUCAUCAUUUCCGGUAGCAAAGUACUCGAGGGCGUUGGAACCUAUCUCGUUACCUCGGUCGGCAUCAACUCAUCGUACGGCAAGAUUCUUAUGGCCAUGCGCCAAGAUAUGGAACCCACGCCUCUACAGAAGAAGCUGGAUGGCCUCGCUGGGGCUAUUGCAAAGCUUGCAUCUGCUGCAUCCUUCUUCCUUCUGCUAGUCCUUCUCUUCCGCUUUAUCGGUACAUUUCCCCGGAGCCCACUUACACCGACCGAGAAAGCCUCAAAGUUCAUGGACAUUCUCAUCGUCUCUAUCACGAUCAUCGUGGUGGCAGUCCCCGAAGGCCUUCCUCUUGCCAUUACUCUUUCCCUUGCGUUUGCCACUACUCAGAUGGUGAAAAUGAAUAACCUUGUGCGUAUCCUCAAGUCAUGCGAAACCAUGGGCAACGCAACCACAGUGUGUUCAGACAAGACUGGUACUCUUACUCAGAAUAAGAUGACAGUCGUUUCCGGCACCUUUGGGGAAGAUUCCUUUAAUGACAAAAACCCCGGUAGCACAGAAAACCGGUCGUUGCAGUUCGCUGAACGUUUAACGUCGCAACAGAAAUUGCUUCUCGUCGAGUCCAUUGCCAUCAACUCCACAGCUUUCGAGGGGGACGGAGGGGAGUUCGGCUUCGUAGGCUCGAAGACCGAAACAGCUUUGUUGGGAUUUGCGAAGAGUGUCUUAGGAAUGGAAUCUCUUGCUCAAAAAAGAACGAAUGCGCAGAUGGUGCAGAUGUUUCCCUUCGAUUCGGCACGGAAAUGUAUGGGUGCUGUUCAGAAACUUCCUGAUGGGACUUUCCGCUUACUGGUAAAGGGUGCCCCAGAGAUUCUGCUCAGCUAUUCAUCAAAAAUAGCACUAGCAACCGGCAAUAUUCGAAUGGACAGCUCUCAAACAAACCGUAUUGCAACUGCCAUUGAGUCCUACGCCAAGCAAUCUCUUCGUACCAUUGCUCUCAUCUACAAAGACUUCGCACAGUGGCCGCCGCGAGGAAUCGAGAAUCCGGACGACCCGACGUUAGCUGUGAAUCUUGGUGCUUUGCUCAAUGGCAUGACUUUCAUUGGUGUCGUUGGCAUUCAAGACCCGAUCCGUCCUGGUGUUCCUGAGGCUGUCAAAAAGUGUAAACACGCAGGUGUUGUCGUGCGAAUGGUGACUGGUGACAACGUCGUCACAGCAAAAUCAAUUGCCGCAGACUGUGGUAUAUACACGGAUGGCAUUGUAAUGGAAGGUCCUGAGUUUAGGAAACUAAGUGAUGCGCACUUGGACGCUACCCUUCCCCGACUUCAAGUCUUGGCUCGGUCGUCGCCAGAGGACAAGAGAAUCUUGGUGACUCGACUCAGGAAGCUCGGCGGUAUCGUCGCUGUAACUGGAGAUGGCACCAACGACGGGCCGGCGCUCAAAGCUGCAGACAUCGGUUUCUCCAUGGGUAUUGCGGGUACUGAGGUUGCCAAGGAAGCAUCAGCCAUCAUCCUCAUGGAUGACAAUUUCGCCUCCAUUCUGACGGCUCUGAUGUGGGGUCGCGCAGUAAAUGAUGCGGUGCAGAAAUUCCUCCAAUUUCAGAUUACCGUCAAUAUUACCGCCAUGAUCGUCGCAUUUAUCUCAGCCGUCGAGGAUCCCGAAAUGCGCUCCGUCCUCACAGCUGUGCAACUCCUCUGGAUCAACCUCUUCAUGGACUCCCUCGCCGCCCUCUCCCUCUCCACCGACGCCCCAACCGACGAAAUCCUUGACCGCCCACCUACCCCACGCAGUGCCUCCAUAAUCUCAAUAACGAUGUGGAAAAUGAUCAUCGGGCAAGCCAUUUUCCAAGUCACCUCAACCUUCAUCCUCCACUUCGCCGGCCCCAAAUUCCUCUCUUACACAGAAGCCGAAAUGCGCUCAAUAAUCUUCAACAUGUUCGUCUGGCUGCAAAUCUUUAACCAGUACAACAACCGACGCCUCGAUAAUAACUUCAACAUCUUCGCAAACAUCCAUAAGAAUUACUUCUUCAUCAGCCUGAACGUGGUCAUGGUAGGCUCUCAGGUUGUGAUUGUGUAUUUUGGGAGUACCGCAUUUGGUAUUGUUGCAUUGAAUGGGCCGCAGUGGGGAAUUAGUAUUGUGGUUUCGAUACUGUGUAUUCCGUGGGGGGUUUGUUUACGCUUGUUUCCAGAUCGCUGGUUUGAAGUUGCGGCGAACUUUGUUGGGAGACCGUUUAUGGUUGUCUAUAAGUCGCUUAGUCGGUGGACACAUUGUGUGAUCAGGAAGCUAAGACCGAAGAAUGAACUGUCGGAGGAGAUAGAGGUUGCGGAGAGUGGGGAUAGAGAUCUUUGA